AUGGGAAUGACUAUGAAUAAUCUUCAGGACAAGUAUAAGAACCUGCAGGACCAGAAUAAAAGCCUUCAGGACCAAAAUGAGAAUCAGAAGAAGGAUUACGAACGCGAGAUGAACGGGUGUUACGGGUCGUUUGUGGUCGUUGUGCUACUCUUCGCCGCCGUCAUAAUAUGUGGCUAUCAGCGAUCUUCUUCGCCCGAACGUUGUUCAUAUGCGCUAGAAGCGAAAGCAGUCCAGAUGACGGCCACGCCUACUACGGUCACGGUCACGCUACCGGUAGCCACGCCUACUACAGUCACAGUCACGCUACCGGUAGCAACCAACGCCAUGCCGACAAUCGAGGCUGCUUCAGCGAUCAAAGCCGCCUCAUCGACCGAUGCUGCAUCGUCAACUGAACCGGUAAGCCUUUUCCUAAAGUCGUACUUUCUACACAGGAAUGCAGUCUACUAA